GAGGAAUAAUAUUCGUGCAUAACCAAUCUUAAGGGAUUUUUCCAGAAAUAGCACAUUUAAAAAAAUUACAAAAAUAGCACCCAUCCGUAAAAAUUUACACUAAUAGUACCCUUUUUAAUAGAACGCACCUUGUAGAUGCGUUUUAUAUUUAAAUCGCACCCUAAGGGUGCGUUUUACAAAUAGAUCGCACUGGUAAGGUGCGUUCCAAUUAUCUGGACUCAAAUCGCACUUUAGCCAAGCGAUUUACGUCUGACCUACUGAAAUCGCAUGGCCGAGGUGCGAUUUUAGGUCUAAUCUAUUAAAAUCGCAUCAUAAAGGUGCGAUUUGUUUCUGCCAAACAAAAUCGCACCAUGAGGAUGCGAUUUUGCCAUACAAACCGCACCUUGAAGGUGCGGUUUUGGUCAAUCAAUUUUCGACAUGCCAUGCAGACGUAACAGACGUGGGUCUGCAUGGGCCUGCAUGGCAGACGAAAAUCGCACCUCUAAGGUGCGGUUUUCAUCAGUGAUUUUGCCUAUAAAAGGCCUCCCGGACAACCACUUCUCUUCACACCUCUCCUUCUCCCUUCCCUUUUCAAUUUUCUGUUGUAGCUCUAUAUUUCUUUAGUAGUUUUGCGAUUAACGUUAACUCGUAAGUUGAUGUAGCUCUAUAUUUCUUUAGUAGUUUUGCGAUUAACGUUAACUCGUAAGUUGAUUUAGUAUUACUUUUUAUUGUUAUUUUUUAUUUUUGAUUUUUAUGAUAUUAACUGAACUACGGUUUUAUCGCAGAUGGCAUUCCAAAAGUUCACGCUUGGCUUACGGUGGAAUGGUUACACGGAAGAGACCGGAAAGGGUGCCACCUACGUAGGUGGCAAUUUUUAGAAGAUAAAGGUCGCUACCAGACCGCUCCUUGAAGACCUCCAUCAAAUGUGCACUAACGUUACUUGCAUGGAUGGCACGAGAAGAGUUGAUCGUAUGGUGUACCGAUAUCCAAACAGAGAAAGUGGGUCAUUGUGGCAUGAGGAAUAUCUCAUAACCACUCAGGAUGAGGUAGACGCCAUGCUCGAAUUCAUGAGGUCCAACAAUCUUUCCAAAGCCGAGAUGUUCGUUUACACCGAGCCGGUCGUAGGCGUUGGAGGUCAUUCUAGACACGGUCAAACAUCUGGUAUCCAUGGUGGAGGUGAAUUAUAUGGCAAUCAUCCCUACCAAAGUUACCAUGAUCCUCAUUCAUAUUUUCAGUACCAAGAGCAAGGUGAAGGUCAUCAUCAAUCAUAUGAAGAAGAAGUUCAACCGGACCGACCCAACCAACCACAGUACAACUUCCUCUCAGGCAGCGGCAGUUUUCACAACUACCAUCAUGGAGCUGAUGAAGGUGCCUUUCAUGAGCUGGAUCAGAUGGAGGAUGUCAUGCCAGCACCAGUCAGUGACCCCUCCGAUGAAGAAGGAGAGAACAACGUCAGUGCAGACAGCUCCGACCCUCUUGAAGGUGCCGAUGAUUCAGGACCAGAGUCAGACUCAACUAAUGAUGAUGAGGGGGCUCGUGACCGUGUACCAGUCCCCUACUACAAUCACAUUCCAUACGACAAUUGGAUGGUCGACAGCGACAUGGAGCCGCCAGAGGUCCCAAUAUGGGGUCCACUCACUGGGUUUAUGAAGGGCCAACAAUUUGGCUCGAAGAAUUUCUCCAGCUUCAAGGGCCAAUCUCGAGUACAUUGCCGCCCAUCUCGACCAUGGAAGGCCCUUUGACUUUCGGGGACCUCCAACGGAAUGCACUGCUCCCGACCAAACUGACGGAGGCAUCGAUCCGGCAAGUGCCACUCCACGGUCCCAAAACAAAUUAGAGGGACCCUCGUGCACCAUUGGCCGAUAUGCUCGGGGAAUUGCUGGAGAUGCCAAUGAACGAUGUUCUCCGGGUAUGGAUCGAAGAUGAUCUACACGCGCAAAAUGAGUAAAUUAAGAUAGUAAGAAUUG